AUGGAGGUGAGUGUAAUAGCGGUGGUAAAGGUUUUGGCUCUCUUUUGUGCUCGAUUUGCCUUUGAUUUGAUCACCGAUAAUGGGGAUCAGUCGUGGGCGAAGCUUCAAUGUGGUCAUCAAUUUCAUUUCGAAACAAGUUACAAGGCCUGCCCACUUUCAACUUACAGCAAUAGUUUGUUUCCAAGUCAAGUCUUGGACAAAAUGGUGGCAGAUAACACUCUUCUAUUCUACCUUCUACAAGGCCAGUUUGUUCAAAGAAGUGAUAUUUUGCUUGAAGCAUUAUUUUGGAUUAAACUGGAGCUGUUCUGGCGGCAAAAGAAGAAGGCUGAACGUGCUUCAUCUUCUAUGCUGGAUUCUUGUAACUUUGUCAUCUAUGGCAAUGAAUCUCAAGUCAUAUGGGAUAGCUUUGAUAGCCCAACCGGGUGGUAUAAUCCACCAGUUUCGUAUCUGAGAGUUGACCACCGUUCGUCUAGUUGUAGACUGGUGAUGAGUGGACAAUUUUAUCUCGAUGUGGAUGAUGAUGGAUUGGCUGCCUACCCAGUAAAUCAUACUGGUAUUCCGGAGGAAUGUUACUGGAAAUUAACUGCAGGAAAUGAGACUUUGCAAACUAUAGCCAAUAGCUCUUAUCCUGCAGACAGCAAGACUGUGAUUUGUCGUGCUACACUUGAUCUUGAUGGGAUUUUAAGGCUAUACUCGCAUCGCUUUGAGAUCAGUGGUAACUCUAAUGUGACCACUAAGUCAUCUGCAAAGUUGAAGCAGUGUAAGGUGACCGGUUUCUGUGGUUUUAAUAGCUUCUAUUCUAGUCCUGGUGGCAUAGCUAAUUAUUACUGCUUUCCAGGAUUUAAGUACAUCAAUCCUGGUGUGAGGAAUCUGGGUUGCUACAAGAGCUUUAAUGAAGAAGAAGGUUGUGAAAGGAAUGAGCCAGAAGUGUUUCAUAACAUUACUGGUAUUGAGAAUACAAUGUUGGGAGGUUUUCCAUACCCUUUGCUACCAGUGAAUAAGGAAGAUUGCAAAGAGUCAUGCCUAAGUGAUUGUUAUUGUGCAGCUGCUCUGUAUUUGGACAGAACUUGUGGUAAACUGAAACUUCCACUGAUGUUGGGGAUGGAAGAUAAGAACAUAUCAGCUAUAGUCUUUAUCACAAUUCUUACAGCAAGUUUGGGUUUUAUGGCGUUCAUGUGUUUGCUCAUUGCAAUUUCUAGUUUCUUUGUAUACAAACACCGAGUGAGUAGAUACAGAGAGCUUUGCGAAAAUUCAAAUUUUGGUCUAACCAAAGAAUUCUCUCUGCAAUCAUUUUCUAAUAAUGAGCUGGAGCUAGCCACGAACGGGUUUGAGGAAGUGUUAGGAAGAGGUUGUCUUGGAGCAGUCUAUAAAAGGGCUAUAUGUGAGGGUAACAAGACGGUUGCUGUGAAGUGA